AGCCUUAAAGCAGGCCGGCGAGGCGCGGAGCCCCGCACUCGGGAGCCCCGACGCACGGGCAGCCGAGCCCAGCCCAGCCCAGCCCAGCCCAGAGCCGCUCCGCUGCUGCCGCCGCCAUGCAGGGCACCGUGAGGCUGUGGGUGUCGGUGCUGACUUUCGCCCUGUCGCUGCUGGUCUGCCUGGGGACGCUGGCAGAGGCGUACCCCUCCAAACCGGACAGCCCCGGCGAGGACGCCCCCGCAGAGGACAUGGCCAGAUACUACUCGGCGCUGAGGCACUACAUCAACCUCAUCACCCGACAGAGAUAUGGAAAGAGAUCAAGCCCAGAUACACUGAUCUCAGACCUCUUGUUGAGGGAAAGCACAGAAAACAUUCCUAGAUCCAGGUUUGAAGACCCUUCGAUGUGGUGAUGGGAUUUUCAGCACACCUUCAAAACUUUUCCUAGUUUUCGGUUCAUACUCCACAUCUUGGAAGCAAAUCAUAGCGUCAUCCCCAGUGCAUGCAGCCAUUGUACUGAAUUCUGUAGAGUUUCUCUCCUUCAUCAUAUUUGUAUAUACCUUUAUUUAAAUAAAUUAUUUGUGCAUUCCAAAAUGUAACAUACUAAAAGAAAACAAACAACCGUGUCAUUGGUAUAACAAAGCAUUGUUUUAAACUAUUAAAAGUGAAUUAUAACUUCCCU